AUUUAGUACUUACUAAACAUUAAGACAAUAUACAACAUGCUUCUACGCUCGAUGACGCUCGUUUUCUAUGUCCUGGUGCUGGUUGUCCUGUGCCUGACGGUGGUCUACAGCAAGCCCGCCUGCAAUGAGGGCUUCUAUACCAAGAAUGGAAAUCUGAUCUUGGAUCUUCACAAUUUGCAAUCGCAAUUCGAUUGCGUGCAGCGGAUGCAUAGAGGCUAAGA